ACUUCUGAAAUAAAAAAAGAAGAAUUUCCUCUGUCAUUUAUAAAGACACCUCUAAAAUUUAUAUGAUAGCUGUAUUGGUGUAUAAUGUAAAUAACUCAGUUAUUUAGUCAUUAAAAACAGCUUAAAAUGUAGUUUACAAUUAUAUUGGGAAUUAAAAAUAGUGUAACGUAUUUUUUCCAAGUUAAUCUAGAGGACGUUGUUUGCAUUAGAAAAUUUCUAACAAUGGUUAAAGCGAUGUCUACAGAACCUACAACGCCUUUGAUGAAAACCGGAAGUAAAAAUGCAGAAUUAUCACCAUCUACUCCACAUAGGAUUGAACUUCGAAGUGAUAGUGCUGAAGAUGUUAAAGUUGUUGAAAAAAUAACAGAACCUACUGUAAAAUCGAAAAAAAGAGUAAAAAAAGGAUGUUUAUUUCCAAAUGGCAAAGAAAUCAAAUCUGCAGACAACCAUAAAUUGACUGAAUAUUUCCCUGUUAGAAGAUCAGUACGUAAAACAACAAAGAUUGUUUUGGAAGAAAAACAAAAAAAUUUAGAACAAGCUUUGAAGAGUGAAUAUGAAGAAGGUCUCGAGGUGAGAGUAUUUGAAGGUAAAGGUAGGGGUGUAGUAGCAUCAAAAGAUUUUUCCAAAGGAGACUUUGUAGUAGAAUAUAGCGGCGAUCUUAUAGAUCCAAUUGAAGCAAAAUUAAGAGAAGAAAUUUAUGCCAGAAAUGAUAAAACUGGCUGUUAUAUGUAUUAUUUCAAGUAUAAUAAUCAACAGUAUUGUGUGGAUGCAACGAUUGAAUCUGGUAAACUAGGUCGCCUCGUGAAUCAUUCCAGAAAUGGAAAUUUAGUAACAAAAACAAUUUUAAUUGACAACAAACCUCGAUUGGUACUAUUAGCAAAAAACAAUAUUAGAAAAGGAGAAGAAUUACUUUACGAUUAUGGGGAUAGAUCAAAAGAGUCGUUAAAACACCAUCCUUGGUUAGCGUAUUAAAAAAAUAUUUGUACAUUACUGUUUAUAUUUUCAGUGAAUUAUUUUGUUUGGAAUGAUUCAGUAACAUAACAAAUAUUUAUUUAGUUGCAAAAUUUUAUUAGAAACUUGAUAAAGAUAUUUCAAACCAUAUUGUUAUUGAAAACAUAGAAAAAAAUUGCAGUAACUGAUUUAUAUGUUCUGUUUGGAAAGUAGAUUAUUAAUUACUUUUAAACUUUUAAUGAAACAAUCAAUAAAAAGGCCUCUUGAGUAUGCGUUUCUGAAAAUUUAUAUUCUAUUAACUCCCAAGGAUGUUAUUUACUGAUCUAUUAUUCUGAACUGAUUUUAUCUAUUUCACUUGACUAUUAAAAAUAUUGAAUUGAAGAUUGAUACAAAGUGCCGUUAUUGUUGUUAAAAAUUUGCAUAAGUCCUCAAUUUAUCUGUACAAAUUUAGCUCCCCAAAUUGUAUGUAGACUUGAGGUUAUGUUUGAUAUUUUUAUUUCAUCAUUAAAAAUACCGUUAAGCUGGGCGCCUUUGGUACAUUUUUAAACUUUAUAUUGUCAUUACUUUUAAACCAAAUGUUAUAAAUGUUUGUUCUUAGUCUUAUUUUUUAGAUCUAUAUUAGUACUUUCAACUUUGAAAUUGGCAAAAAGCUGAAGGAUUUCUAAAUCCAUUUUCUUUAAAUUAUGUGCUGUUAAUAUUUUUUUCUAGUCCGAUAUGAUAUAUAGAAACGUCGAAAAAAGACAUUUGAUAAAUGCACGAAUAAAACAUAUUAAAAAGACACCCAAUUUUACGGUAGUUGUUGAAACUAUUUUACGACUACGAAUACGAACUUGAAAGUCAAAUUCGUCUAUUUCGAAAUAAAUCAAA